CUAUUUAUAACCUCAAACAUACGUCCGCCAUGUUCAAUGAUUUUCACAAAGUUUAAGUAGGCCUACAUCUUUUAGAUGUAAUGUCUAACUGGUUAUUGAUCACUUUUCUAAAGAUGAUACACUCACAGCGCCAGCAACUAAAAAGUUAAGUCCUACCAUUAACAGAACGUAGAGUCCUACCAUUAACAGAACGUAGAGUCCUACCAUUAAGGCAGAACGUAGUAAAAUGUCGAGACCUGCAAAGUUCCAAACGUAUGACAUGAGAGUGGGAGAGCACAACAUCAAGUUACAAACUAUCGCCAGACAAGUUUUGAAUCGAGAGUUACCUAUCCGCUAUAAGAUUGGACUUCGAGAUGCUAUACUUGCCAUGAAAGAGAAAGAAAGACUGGGCUUUAAUUUUAAUAGGUCUCUGACAGCAUCUCUUAGAUCUAGGUGGGAUGUCGUGGAAAAUGCAACACUUAAUUUUUUGCAAGAAAUCGUGGACAUGAAUGACCAAAUAGAAGAGGACAGUAAGAAAAAUGAAAGACAACUUUUAAGUCUCAUAUUUACACGAUCAACAAAUAUUAGUUUGGAAGCCAGAGUGGAACAAAUGAGUGGCCUCUACAUGAGGAUGAACUUUUACAAAAAAGUCUUGGAGGAAAGAAUCAAACAAUACGAUCCAUGUCGUAACUUUCUACUUCAGUGUUGUGAAUUGAUGGGCUACUUACAGCCUGGUCAGCUGCUCGACAGAUACGCAGCACUCAUUCACGUAUUUAAGGAAUUAUACAAAGAGUAUGAGGAUCGAAUGGCUAAAAUGAACAAACUGCAGGAAAAACUUUCAGAGAUCAAGUCCGAAACUGACCACAGAAACAUGCUGCUUCACAAUGAAAUGUCCGAGCUACACAUGAAACUGAAAAAUUUAAGUACACGCAUCACUUACAUGGAAUAUGAAUUGAAUGAAAAGAUGGAUCAAUCUACUAAUACGGAGAUGGACAUUUACAGGGUCAAAAAUUCUAUUCACAGAUCAUACGUAGCUCUCAUGAACUACAGGGGCGUUGAACCAACAGAAACUGACCCAUUUCUCCAAUUAGAACAUAUAGAGACUAGAAUCCAAAAUGCGCAAGACGUGAUCAAAUACAUCCGGGAUGAGACAAUGAAACAACAUUUAAACUUUAGACGUAGACACAGAGAACAGGAAGGAGAAACGGCCAAAUCUGAAUCUUUCAGUUCCACCAGCGUGGAAACAUUUAUGACAGAGUAUAAUGACAAUAAGACGAUGGCUGGACAAGGCAACUAUAACAUCAACAACUUGGGCAUCAGAAGGAAACAAGGGGAAGAGAAACAGGAUCAUAACAACGCUAGGUUUCAACAGAGUAAGAGGAGUGGUCGGACUUUUCUGAAAGGAAGUUGUGUUGUACGUAACAAGAAAUGUGAACAAGACAAAAAGCUGCUAGAGAAAAUGUCAAAUCAUGCAAAAGUGACGAAGUUUCAGAAGUUGCCUUGUAUCGGAACAAACCAUUGGGAAAAAAUUCAAUCUAAUAUAAAUCGACAUAAUUUGGACAUGUAUGAUAGAGAACCUAAUGGAAAUGUGAAGAUUUCAGCUAAUCGUCAACUGUACACAAUUUUAAGUCAGGCAGAUUGGUCUAAGCACUCAAGAGAGUCAAAUCCUAUGCAACUAAACAUGGAAACAAAAAUCUGUCUAGAUAAUGAGCGCACUAAUAAUAUGUCAAUGCCUUUAUGUUGGAAGGCUAAAGCUAAUCCUACAAGAAAGACAGUGAACCCCAAAAUGUAGUGACAGUGACUUUGGAGUUCACAUGAAAGCUAUACCACGUGAUGGAGGCAAUAAGAUGUUAAAAGUUAAGACUGAGGUCAUCGGAGUCCAGUAGCAGAAUUCUUGACUAAGAAAGAUUUAAAGACACCCGGAGACAAUGUUUAAGUUUGAGCAGCAAUGUAUAGGACUACAGUCUUGAAACAUUUUAACUUACGACGUCCUAGAUCUGUCAAUGAGUAAAGUCUUAUAUAAUUUCAUUGAGAACACAUUUAUAUAUAUAUAUAUAUUAGAGGUGUAUGUUUGAAUGUGAUAGUAUACGUAUAAAAAUGAAAUAAUCAUUUGUCAAUAAUAGAUCAUAUACAUUUGAAAUGAAUGAUAAUGCUGUAAUAAACAAAAACAUGGGUAGCAAUACGUUUUGCUCGCAAUAAAAUUUCGGUUUGAUUAUACGAU